ACCGUGAUAAUAGCUGAUAUGACAUCAAACUUUGCUGACUUCAGUGGGUAAUUACAGCAGUCUGGUAAUUAUUGUGUAUUGUUAUGUCUCUGCAGGCCGGGCAGCUCACUGGAGGUGCUUUAAGAUCAGGUUUGGUCUGUUUAAACAGAAUAUUACUGCACACCCCCAUGAGUAAUAACUGAAAACACAAAUUUGCAGCACCAUAUUUCUGACUUCUUCAAAACACCUGAUUGUGCCUCUUGAGUUAACUCCUCCUCCUUCCUCCUUAUGAUGGAGGCUGCAGGUGAUCAGAGCAUGAAUGCAUCCAGCCAGAUCUGCCCGUUGGCUGUGGAUCAGCAGUGGAGAUGAUCGGCAGUUUGAACCCUGCAGCAUGCUGAGGGAUUCUUACAGGGAUCCAUGCAUGUUGACUUAUUGAUUCUGUGAUUGUGUUUGGAGUUUUGAGCUGGUUUUUGGCAUCAAACAACAAGUGUCUUUAAUAAUGAUGCUAAAAAUAUAAUAAUAGUCAAGAUCCUACAUUUCUGGGACCUUCUAGUAUUUAGCUUCAAGAGUCUGGCUCUCAUUCCUCAACCAGGAGUUGUUGAAGGUCGACCGGUGAUGGUGUUGAUCUCUGCAUUGAGCUGUCCAACAGCUGCCAAUCUGGAGCCAAUCGUAACCCUGGGAUAGAAACACAUUUGGCUCUUCUGUGGUUUUUUAUCAAAAUGAAACACCUGUGUGUUCUCAAGGGGAAAAGGGACUGAAACAAUGUCUCAAAUGUUUCUUAUGGUGCAGAUUUUUGUAUGAUUUCAUGUUGCCAUAGUAUUUUUAAGUGUGCAAGAGACAGCAUGAUUUAUUCGGUUUAUUUGAUGAGCUUUAAACUGACAAUGGCAUGAAUCGUUUACUGACUUUAUUUUUAUUUUUAAAAAUGCUAAAUCUCUUACGGCCAAAUUCCUUUCUAAUUAUAGAUUCAUAGGCAACAGUUUUUCUUUGCAAAGCACCGAGAAACCAGAACCGAGCUGCAGCCUACCAGCAGCGACCACAGAGACAGAAUAGUGAAGCUACAGUUGCUACAGAAACGGAGACAAGGCUUGGCAGAGCUAUGGAAACCCUUCCUGCAGUCAAAAGUCUAUUUUUACACAUUAUUGUAACACAUAGAUGUGAAUUAAAGAAAUAGAUCUCAUCGUUACGGCUGUUCAGAAAGCUCUUCUCAGCAGGAACAUAUACAUAUUUAAUCUGUGCAUCGCUGUUUUCCGUAGGUUGUUGAUAUAAUAUAACUUACUGUGUUCUGACAUUGAUUAGGGAAUGGAUAAUGGUGCGUAUAAUACAACUGAGGAGUACACAGUGAGGUGUUAACAAAUAAAAAGUAAUUAUAGCUGCUGAGGAGCCUGAGACAACAAAAAUAGGAUUUCAGUCAAUAAAUGCUUUGUUCUCUUUGAAAUCAUGCUUUAAUAUGUAGGAAGUGACUUUGCUGCAGCUCAUUUAGGGUUAGGAGUGAUGAGAAGGUACAUGAUGAUGUUUUAGAGCAAAGAGAGGCUCUGAGUGAUUCUGGGUUUUAGAAACAAACUUUCUGUUUAGGGUUAACAGCUUAAAGUUGUCUUCUGUCCACAUUUGUGAGCAGGUCCAGGUUAGAGAUGGAGGACAGCUGGCAGAGGAUUGUUUCAGUGCUACUGCUGACUUCUGUGUGGGUGGAGACACAAUCCAACCCAUCUGUGAUGGUGAGGGGAUGACUACCAAGACCCAGACCAGUGGCUGCUUCUUGUCACAGGAACACAAUCAUCAGGGUGUUUUCGUUUUAACAGCAUGGUUGAUGCUCUUGCGAGGUGGAGCAGAAAGUUAUCUCCAACAGCUCAGUUUCAACAUUUAAUAUGAGCCAAGAAAACACAAUUUAGUGGGAAUGCAUUUUUCAUUCUUUGUACGUUGACGUUGAAAUUUGCUAUCCAUACUUUGUGCAUUAUGCAUAGCCACCACUCUUCACUGAUGGGGAUGAGUCUAUAUGGGCAUUUCCAAAUGUGCACAGCUGGAUGAUUUUGCAAGACACAAAGCCAGGAAUAUCUUUUGUGAAACGUAACAGUGUGCUGUCAGAAAACCCUGAGUGCUGCUGCAUCUGCUGCCACACCGACGCAAGAAAGGACGCGUCGAUUUGUAGUAAAAUCAUGUUAGAUGUAAAAGUCCCAUUAAAUUAAAUGGAAGAUGAGAUGGUUUCUAUAAAAGCUACAAGUCCAACAUAAUGUUUCUGACAGCAUGUGGAGUGAAAACUAGAAUAGCAUCAUCUUUUGAAGUAACAGCACCAACAUCGGCAGUGCUCUGAGGAAGGCUACAACGUUAGCCGAAACUUGUUAGCAAAAAAAGGUAAAAACAACUCCUACUACGCUGUCUUUAGAAAAGUCUUAAAACUAUAGAUUAGCAUCACUAAUGUGUGUGGGGAUGCAACAAUUCUCCCUGGAUUCAAAAACCUGAGAGCUGCAGCAGAUUACUCUCUCUCUCACUCAUGUUAAGCUACUCUGUCCUCAGUAGGGCUGCAGCUAGCUGGUGUCUAACUCCUGUACCCAUAGAAAAGCAUGCAUGCAUGGGAAGAACAUGGUAACCCCAUGCUGAAAGGCUGCUGCCGGGAUUCAAACCUGCAACCUUUUCCCUGUGAGGCACCAGCUGUGCCACCAUGCAGCUUGCUGCUGGAGCUAUACAGCAAAAAACAGAUAAUUCACCAUAAGACACAUCUGGCUCUACCUAAAGGAAGUAAAGUGCACAGCUUUGGACUCAAAGUGCUGCUUUCACAGUGACACUUAAAACCUUCUCACCAACGUCACUUGUGCCACUUGUAGUUGAAACACCAGAUGAGGGACACCUGCUUUCACAUUUUUGUACUGCUCUGCAAUUUUGCAGUGGCCAAAAAUCUGCUGGUGCUGGUUGUUAGGUAUCUGCCACCUCCUGCAGAUGUUGUCAUGGAAACACUCUUUUGGGGUUGUCUCUCUUUCUCUCAUACAAUGCAGCAUCGGGAUGGUAAUGCUAUGCUCAGCACACCAUAGUCCAGGUUUCCAUGUGACUCCCACACUUACAUAAGGCUCUACUUGAGGGAAAAGCACAGUAAAAUACAGUAAAUUGCAACAAUACUUAAAUCUGCAUAAAAGUAUGUGUGCGUGUAUUUUAUCUGUAAAUGUGGUAUGUGCUGCAUCUGGAACCUGAACAGCUGCAUAGGCAGAAAUUUUUUAUUACUAAUCUUUGGUAAAUGAGCUUGGAAUUGAUUUUCUGAUCAAUGGCGUGUUUUCUGUCUGAGCUGUAAAUUUGUGUGUGUGUUUUUUAAAUAACCCCAGUCUUCUUCACCCAAUGAUAAAAACAAGUACGCUUCCUGUGCAGCUUCCUAAAUGUGCUGCUACCUAAGCCACAUUGCAGAUUUCCCAGGAUAUCCCGAAACUCUGGGAGGGUGAUAGCAUUUAAAAAGCUAGGGAGAGACAAUCAGGAGGACACUGGUGUAGGACUGGUCUCUGUAUUAGAUUUAGUGCUGACAUCACUGGGGAGCUCUGAGCUCUGCGCCGCAGUCGGCACUGAGAUGAAUGCACAAUAUUUAAAUCUAACCUACCUGGUUCUCUCACUCCACCCUGUGGACUCACCAUAGCAGCACAAAAUACAGGAAAAGGAAAGAUGUAACAGGAUUCUUGAACAGAAGCUGGGAUAAAAGAUCUGAUUCCUGAACUCCCCUGUUGAAUGCUCUCAUCCCUUGAAUUCUGGCGUACGAUUUACAGGAUACUUUGGGGGGAAUCAUUUCAGCUGCAUUUGACAGUUUCUAGUGUCCUGAAAUUAAAUAUUUAAACAUUUUUUUAUGAUAAGAAACUUUAUGAAAACACUUGUGCUGCGGUACUGCGUCUAGCAGCCACAAAAGCAAUUAGGAAGAGAAAACAGAUGCCAGAUAAGUAAAAUAAUGCAAUUUAAGAAAACUCGUCAUAUGAUUCUUUAAUAUAUAUUUAUAUUCAAUACUGAUGGUUUAUUUGUUUGUUGUAAUAAAAUGGCUAAAAGUGUUAACAUGUAAAACAUCCUUCUCCUAAAAUGAUCAAAUUAAAUAUGCACUGACAAGAAACACUUUCAAGCCCAAAGACUUAAGACUUAGUUACGGUUCAAAUGUUAUAUAAUGUUCUAUCGUUUACUUACCUGCUGCUUUAAAAGCACUUUCUCACUCAGAACAGCUGUUCUAUCCAGAUUAAGUUCAACAGAAAUGUAAACAUAUGUUUUAUCUGUUAUACUUUGCACGUUUUGCUUGAUAAGUGACCUCUUAGUGAGCCAACACGCCUACGAACCAAUUGGUAUGAUCAAACACAGUUGCACAGUGAUUAUAGAGGCCAAAUGAAAUAGCUUUUUUCUGUGGUUAUGAAUAAGUUCUGGGUUUUAGAGGAAAGUGGGUCAAAGGUCAGUUUAAACUGCUACCGUAUACAGUAGACGACAGACAGAAAAGUCUGUGUGUCAGUGAGGGACGCCUGAGAAGAGAUCUCUACCUUUCACAGAUUUCAGCACCAAGGACAGCUCAUUAGGAAUAAGUAGUUCUCUAAUGUUCCAGCAGGGGGCGCAGCUACCACACCGUCACACGUGGCAGUGAGAAGGAACACUUAAAUACUACAUUUUAAAUGUUUUUCCGUUAUUCUCCCUUUGCUAUUUUGUUGAUUAUUUAGUGUACUUAUACAACUGUUGUUAUGUGUAUGCUCAUUGUUUUUAAUGGUCUUAGUCUAAUGACGGUGGCGCUCGUUCAUGAUUUGAGCUGCGCUUUGAGUACCAACAUUACGGCUAAUCAAGCUUUGAGCGGGUUAAAGAAAGGAAGGGAACUGGAAGUGAUGUGAGGACGGCUCGGACUACGUGUGUGAACGCAAUGAAGUUACACCGCCUGCACGGUCCCGUCGUAGCGGGAGAUUCGGGCUUUUAACGGGCUUCACCGUGCCCCCCUCCUCCUCAGCGUGUCGUGGUUGUGAGCUCGCGGCGGCGAGCCGUGCUCUGUGCUGUCUGUCUCCGGUGUGCGGCUCCGGACUGAUGUCUUUGCCCGUCAGGAAUUUAAAGUGUCUCUCCCCGGUCAUGUGCCAGUGCAAGCUCAUCUGCAGCAACCGGACCCUGUCCCUGAUGUUCGGGUGUAAGAAGUACAGGUACCAGGAUGAGGAGACGCCCCCCUUGGAGCACAGCCCAGCACAUCUGGCUCCAGGGAAAAGUGCAGAGAUGCUUCACAUGAGUGACAAGAACCUCGCUGCCAUGGAGGCCAUUCAUGGCUACACGCCACACACGCAUAUCUCUCCUGUCAAGCCUGUGUUGAUGUCUACGGGACACACUCCAAUGUACACCUCCGCAGUUUCCACUCUGGGAAACACUCCUCCAGUGGUUGUGAACACUGAUACACUCGAUGGCUCACCAUAUGUAAAUGGGACGGAAGGAGAAAUCGAGUACGAGGAAAUCACACUAGAACGAGGCAACUCGGGCCUUGGUUUCAGCAUAGCAGGGGGAACAGACAACCCUCAUGUGGGCGACGACCCCAGCAUCUUCAUCACCAAAAUCAUACCUGGAGGAGCCGCAGCUCAGGACGGACGGCUGAGUGUGAACGACUGCAUCCUAUUUGUGAAUGAUGUCGAUGUGAGGGAGGUGACACACAGCCAGGCUGUGGAGGCUCUGAAAGAGGCAGGUGCUAUUGUCCGCCUCUACGUUCUCCGCAGAAAACCAGCAGCAGAAAAAGUCACCGAAAUCAAACUCAUCAAAGGGCCUAAAGGAUUGGGUUUCAGCAUCGCUGGAGGGGUGGGAAACCAGCACAUACCGGGAGAUAACAGCAUCUACGUCACCAAGAUCAUCGAAGGCGGGGCGGCUCACAAAGAUGGACGUCUGCAGAUCGGGGACAAGAUCUUAGCGGUGAACAACGUGUGUCUGGAGGACGUGAUGCACGAGGAUGCAGUUGGAGCUCUGAAGAACACGGGCGAGGUGGUGUACCUCAGAGUGGCCAAGCCAAACAACCUGUUUCUGACCAACUCCUACAACCCACCAGACCUCACCAGCACGUAUUCUCAUAUGGAUACUGAACUGAGCCACUCCAACUAUCUUGGAUCUGAUUACCCACAAGCCCUCACUCCGACCUCACCGAGCCGGUUUUCUCCUGUUCUGCACGGCAUGCUGGGAGACGAUGACAUCCCCAGGGAGCCCCGGCGAGUUCUGAUCCAUCGAGGCUCCACGGGUCUGGGCUUUAACAUUGUUGGCGGAGAGGAUGGAGAAGGAAUCUUUAUCUCCUUCAUCCUGGCAGGAGGGCCGGCCGAUCUCAGCGGAGAGCUUCACAAGGGCGAUCAGAUCCUCAGUGUUAACGGCGUGGAUCUGCGUAUGGCCACACACGAGCAGGCUGCUGCGGCGCUGAAGAACGCCGGCCAGACCGUAACCAUUAUCGCUCAGUACCGACCCGAAGAGUAUAGCCGUUUUGAGGCCAAAAUUCAUGAUCUGAGGGAGCAGCUGAUGAACAGCAGCAUGGGUUCUGGGACUACAACACUAAGAAGUAACCCAAAGAGAGGCUUCUACAUCAGGGCUCUGUUUGACUAUGAUAAGACUGCAGACUGCGGCUUCCUCAGUCAAGCUCUGGGCUUCCGGUUCGGGGACGUUCUCCACGUGUUGGACUGUGGAGAUGAAGAGUGGUGGCAGGCCCGUAAGGUCAGCCCGCAGAACGAGGCAGAGGAGGUCGGCUUCAUCCCCAGCAAGCACAGGGUGGAAAGGAAAGAGUGGUCUCGGGUUAACACCAAAGAGAGGGACCACGGGCGAGACAACGUGGGCACUCAAGGGAGAGAUAAAACCCCCCACAGUUAUGAGACAGUUACUCAAGUGGAAGUGCAUUACGCAAGGCCCAUCAUCAUCCUGGGUCCGGUGAAGGACAGGAUAAAUGAUGACCUGUUGUCCGAGUUCCCUGAUAAGUUUGGAUCUUGUGUCCCUCACACCACGCGGCCCAAGAGGGAGUACGAGGUGGACGGGAGAGACUAUCACUUUGUGUCAUCCCGGGAACAGAUGGAGAAGGACAUCCAGAGCCAUCGGUUCAUCGAGGCAGGACAGUACAACAGCCACUUGUACGGGACGAGUGUGCAAAGUGUCCGUGAGGUGGCCGAGCAACAGGGGAAGCACUGCAUCCUGGAUGUGUCUGCUAACGCUGUCCGUAGACUACAGGCAGCUCAACUUCACCCUAUCGCCAUCUUUGUUCGGCCCAAGUCGCUGGAGAAUGUUCUAGAAAUCAACACUCGUCUGACAGAGGAGCAGGCCAGGAAAGCGAUGGACAGAGCCCUCAAACUAGAGCAAGACUUCCUAGAGUGUUUCUCAGCUGUCGUGGACGGGGACAGCUUUGAGGAAGUUUAUCAUAAAGUAAAGACAGUGAUUGAGGAGCAAUCGGGGCCUUACAUCUGGAUCCCCACCCGGGAGAGGCUGUGAUGCUGCACCCGGCCGACCUCCCCUCACUCUCCUCUCCUCCCCCCUCCACCCUCAAGGCCGAGCCAGCCUCGCCCGCCUGCGAAGUCCUCCAGCGAAGUCGGCGCUUAGGCUGCAAAUGACACAGAGACAAAAACAGGAAGUGACCCAGUGAGACAAAGAAGGAUACCAAAAACAAUAAAUGAAGGAAACAGAGACUUUAUGACUCGUGUAAACACACUGAUGUGUAAUUAAACUGAAAGAGACAGAGAGAAAAUAUUUAUCUGUAUUCCACUUUUAAUGAAGUAGGGUUCAAUACUUGAGGCCCAGUUCACGAUCAGCAUUAAAGUGUGUUUUGGCUGUGACUGCACCCUUUAGUGAUGCUUAUAUAACGUGCACAUACAUGCAUCUAAACCCAAAUACACAAUCAGAUGCGUUUCCCCUCCUGAUAUCAAGUAAAUUCAUUGGAAAACAGUUCGAUUUGAGUUGAAUUUUCAAGCCAGGUGUGAACUUCGGUCCUUCAUGUAGAUCUUUAAUCAGUCUCUGUUUGGAUUCCAGAUGUUAGAGGAGAGGUCAACACAGGAAGGUCGGAGAUCACCUUUACAGACCACCAUGCAACAAUCCUCCUGCAAGAUCCCCUUGGCUCUCUGUCUUCCACUUCCUGUUUGUUCUGCCUGGUUUCAGAGCAGGGUUAGGGUUAGCUGGUUUCAGAGCAGGGUUAGGGUUAGCUGGUUUCAGAGCAGGGUUAGGGUUAGCUGGUUUCAGAGCAGGAAUGUUGGCAGAUUGGGAGCAAAGCAGGAUUCCCUUUUCACCCUUUUUGAGCUUUGGUUCCUGAGGAGAAGUGCCUCAAAAUCCAGGACUCACUUCUUAAAUAAUUGAAUGGAUUAUUUUAAGGCAGUUCAAAUAAUUAUGUUUAAAAGUCAAUAUGAUGAAUUUGUGCAUGCUUCCUCAACAACAAAGGAGACGAGAGCGAUGAAGAAAGGCAGACGUGAAGGGUUUUAGCAUGUCUCGUCAAGGUAGAAGAGGCUGGCCCCGAGCCAAAUCGAUGCUCUGAUUUACAGUUUAGCCUCUUACGCGCACAUGCUCACACACAAACACAGUCUCACACUCGUCCAGCAACACGCACACACACCCCUCUUGCAGUAAGAGCAGGGGGAGACCGGCUGUUCUGACCCGCUUGUCAGAAUCCAGGAUGAAUGUUAUCUCUUUAGGCACAAACAGCUUAACUUCACCGCCGGUCACUCUUCCAAAAAGAUCCCCCUCAACCACAGACGUACAUGCUGUUUGCAGUGGCCACAGAAAAAGCCAUUGCAUUUGUGUGCGUGUGUUUGUACAUGUGUGUGUGUGUGUGUGUGCGUCUGCAGACGACUGUGGCGACUCCUUUCGCGUGGAGGGAAUAGGUCUUCUUGUAUUCUCUCUCUUCCACUUUUCCCUGCAUCUUUCUCCCUCUCAAGUCCACACAAAUUAAAGCUAAAUCAUGUUUAAAGAAAGAAAAAAUAUCCAAAAAAAUCCAUGGCCUAUAUAUAUGAAUAUAUAUAUAAAUAUUUAUCUUUUUUAUGACAAUUUCUAACAGGAAUAAGUCUGUACAAAUCAACAUUUCCGAGCAGUUUUCUGUUGAUUUCUUUGGGUGAAAUUGCUGUUUUGGUUGUUGGAUUUCCUCAUAGACACAUUUUAUUGUUGUAAAACACAAUAAAUGCUGAACAGAAAGGAAAAAACACAUUUGAGAUGAUUUAGAGAAGACCUCAGACUCAAGCUUUGAACUGACAUCUAUGACAUGUUCUUGUUUGAAAAAAAAAUACAUGUGCAAUGCAGCUGUGUGUCUCUGUGUGACUGUGUGUGUGUGUGUGUGUGUGUGUGUGUGUGUGUGUGUGUGUGUGUGUGUGUGUGUGUGUGUGUGUGUGUGUGUGUGUGUGUGUGUGUGUGUGUGUGUGUGUGUGUGUGUGUGUGUGCGCGCGCUUGUUUGCUGCCUGUGCGAGUGGUGAGAAAGUGUGUGUCGUAUAUAAAUUAUAGAUGAUGCUAUAAGUGAAAAUACAUCCUUUCUUACAGCUUAUGGCUAUGAUGUAUAAAAUGUGUGUGUGUGUGUGUGUGUGUGUGUGUGUGUGUGUGUGUGUGUGUGUGUGUGUGUGUGUGUGUGUGUGUGUGUGUGUGUGUGUGUGUGUGUGUGUGUGUGUGUGUGUGUGUGUGUGUGUGUGUGUGUGUGUGUGUGUGUGAGAGAGAGGGAGAGAGACACACACACAUAUGAAGAUGUAGUGCAAUACUGCUAUGAUGUUAUGCAAUGAAGAUGGAUUUAUGUGUAAGAUUUUUAAAAAGGGGUAUCUAAAAAGUUUGCACUGGUGGCAUUAAAUGCUAAUAUGAGCAGGAAGGGGGCGGGUGAAGACCGAUUAGGAGCAUGCAUUUGUAUUAACUUCUGUGUUCUGAAUUAUAAGAGUGAAGGUUUUGAUGGCAAUCACCAUCCAUAUUUACUGAUUUUCUUUAUUUGAUCCUCUCAGCAUAACGUGGAAGCCAAACAUGUGACAAAAAUCUAUAUUUUUUUGUUUUCUGGUUUAUUUAUUUUAAAUUGUCACUUGUCCACCCCGAGUUGGAUUUAUUUUUUUUUUCCCCCACAUCGAGAAAGCUUUUGGGUCUCGGCCUGCAGACGAUGUAAAUACAAAGUUGGGUUUCCAUGUGGAUUUAGGGUCAAAAUGCUAAAUUCAAGCAAAUAGAAGAAGCCAUUAAGAGCUACAGCCCAGUUUAAAUUACAUGUACACUCUGGGUGGGCAACACACUCACGCACACACACAUGCACAAACAAAAUAGCAUGUGCACACAUGCGUUUACAUCUACACACCAAUGGAGUCCCAGAGAAUGUGCUCAUGAAUGGAAUAAUAUGUUUUCAGUUUCUUUCUUUGAGGGUUCGGUGUAUUUCUUAAUAUCUCUCUCAGCCAUCCGUAUCAUAGUGUGAUAUUCCUUAUAAAGUAUAUGAAUUUUUACAGAAAAGACUGAAUACAAAGUUAAUGACAAAGUCAACUGAUGCAGAAAAAUAUAUUCAAUAAAUAAUGACAAUAUGAAGCAAAAUAAAAUGUUCCAGUUCAGUGAAGCGCUUGUUGUAAAUUAGCUAUAAAAUAAUAAAAUUAAUUUAAAAAUGCUUUCUGAAAA